AGUGAGUGAUAGUUGUAUGUAUGGUUGGGAUUUGGAUACGCAAAGCGGCAAAGGUAACUAGAGAGGUCUCUCCCGCCAUCCAACUCACUCUCACCUUCACCCAAUGAAAAUGAACGUCUUCUGUAUCUCCGCUUCUUCUUAUACUUACUCUUCUUUUCCCAAUCCACAUUCAUCAUCACCAUAUCCACAACUACAACAUGCACCGCUUCUUAAUCGGAAAAUUCACAUUCUCUCGAAGCACAGGCUUAGCUUGAGGAGGCUUACGUUGGAUUCCAAGAGGAGGACAACUUUCAUAUGUGCAGCCAAUCAGGAAGCGGAGGAAGCUUUUAAGAAGACUGUUGAAAUUGAUAAACUCAUUGAUAUGCUUAGGGAAGCUAAUCCUCCUGAACUUCAGAAACUUGUUGUUGAAAACAUCCUCGCUUUCAAUCCAGGCUUCUGGAUACGACUCGCCGCAAGAUCUGAUACUUGCAAAUCUGAGGAUGAUAAAAAAGAUUAUGAAGAAUUGGCUACAACGGUUAUGAAAGUAGUGGAUCUUGUGGUUCAUAAGACUAAGGAAAAGAUUGAUUCUGCAACAGAUGUCCUGAAGGGAGUUCUAAAACCUGUGAUUAAUGAUGAAGGAGAGAUUCAUUGGCCUCCCAAAGAUCCUCAGGCACUCACAUUGAUGGAAAUGGAAAUAAAUCAAAGGGAGCAAGAAGGACAGCUGGAUGAAGGGUUCCUUGCCGAAGUUAAUGCACAACUAAGACAAGCAAAGGAAGAUGGUGAUAAGCCUGGGCUUGAGGCUAUGUUGCAAAAGGUUUUGCAGCUCUAUGCUUCCAACUCUCUCUCAAAACGUAGUUAUGCCAUGAAAGGGAAGGAAGUGUUGAAGGAUGAGCAAUUCCUUGAAACCAUAAUCCAAGCUCCUGAACAAGAAUGGAACAAUAUUUUGAUCCGUGGAUUGACAAUUGGUGCUGGGGAUGUUUCGCCUGAGGAGCUCUAUGCUGUCUUAAAGAAACGAAUUGAGCGCACUUUAAUUAGAACUGAGGGAGGUUCUUACCAACAACGAAUUCUGACAGAGUACCUGAAAGGCAUCGAAACUAGAGCAUAUGAGAUUGCUCAAGUGCUUCAGGGGAAACAGCAAUAACAUUUCUUCAUAUCUGAAGAUGGUUUGGCAGCUGGAAUCUCAUAAGCCAUGUCAAUUUCUACAUGAUGCUAGUAGUGAUUUAUGAUUUUCAGAGCAGAUCAAGAUUAUAAAUAGUGAUGAGCUGAAGAAUUAUAGAUAAUCAUAACUACGAGUACCUAUGUACAAACUACAAACACGGGUCGGUGGAUUGGCGGAUUGGCCUUCAGAAAUCAGAAUAGCAUCUAGCUACUUUCAGCUAGUUUUGCGCCGCAGAUUAUAGGUAAGUAAUUUAUUCUGUAGCCAAAGUUUGAGGGCAAAAUGUUGUAGAUACAUCCUAGAAUCUGGCAAUAAAUUAUUCUUCUAUCCUACAAUUGUUUAUUAGCAUAUGGAAAUGUGAAAAUAGGAAGAGAGAUUUUUUCUGAA